AUGACGAUUCAAAUUUUAUUGAAGGUGCUAUAUGUGCUAUGCUUGGUCUUGGGUAUGAGCUUCACAAGGUACUGUGAUGCUCGUAUUCUUAAACAAGAAAAUCAUCAAGUUAAAGAAAAGAUACUAGAUUUGUCAUCGUUUUCAUCAGCAAACAUUCUUGUAGGUUAUCGUUUUGCAGGUUUUCCUACCCCUCAUUUUCCUGUUCCCCCGGAAGGUUCUCCUCUUGCAGGUUUUCCUAUCCCUGGUUUUCCUGUUCCCCCACUUCCCCCUAUAAGUUCUGCUCGUGCAGGUGUUCCUAUCCCUGAUUUCCCCGGUACCCCAAACUCAAGCCCUGAUGUUGCAGGUUUUCCUACCCCUCAUUUUCCUGUUCCCCCGGAAGGUUCUACUCUUGCAGGUUUUCCUAUCCCUGGUUUUCCUGUUCCCCCACUUCCCCCUAUAAGUUCUGCUCGUGCAGGUGUUCCUAUCCCUGAUUUCCCCGGUACCCCAAACUCAAGCCCUGAUGUUGCAGGUUUUCCUACCCCUCAUUUUCCUGUUCCCCCACAAGGUUCUCAUCUUGCAGGUUUUCCUAUCCCUGGUUUUCCUGUUCCCCCUAUUCCCCCUAUAAGUUCUGCUCGUGCAGGCGUUCCUAUCCCUGAUUUCCCCGGUACCCCAAACUCAAGCCCUGAUAUUGCAGGUUUUCCUACUCCUCAUUUUCCUAUUCCCCCACAAGGUUCUUCUCUUGCAGGUUUUCCCAUCCCGAGGAACCUGUAG